GUUCUGCGCCUGCGCAGGCACCUCUCGGGCCGACUAGGUAGCUCCUCGCGACGCCCAACCGCCCUUCUGCACGUGCUACUGAUCACUACUUAUACUGGGCGGUGGGCGUCUUCCGUUAGUUUCUGUUUGACCGCCAUAGCGUUCAGACCUCGUUUGGGCUCCUCGGUAGCAAAAAGUAAUUUAUUUUCUUGACGGAUAUUAUCGGCUAUUUGGACUUUGGACUGUGUUUUUGGACUGGAAUAAGGCUUUACGGACUAGUUUUGGAGAAAGAUCGGACGGAUUUUUUGGAUUGACCUGGACUGUUAACGACAAACGCUUGAGAAAUGGAGACAAAAACGACCUUCAAGCGAUGUGUGAGGUGUCGGGCUAAGUUGCCCUCCACCGACCACCACGAUUCCUGUCUGCUAUGCCUAGGAGAGGAGCACAACACAGGGGCUUGCAAGAUCUGUUGUGCCUUCUCUAAGCAGACGAGGACAAACCGAGCUCUGCGUCUGAGAGCGGCCCUGUAUGAAGACGCGCUGCGCCCUCCCACCCCUCGACCUGAAACACUGUCGACAUCGGCAUCGGGGAGGGAGGUACACGGAGCUGUAGAUUCACAGUCUAAAACCGUGUCCACCGCUACACCUUUUAAGAGACCCUUGCAGAUCUCUUCUAAGGAACAGAAGCGGCGAGAAAAGAGGCUUCGUCAGGAGGCUGCGGAAGCUGCCGGUACGGGGCACUCUAAUCGGAGUGAACAUAGGCGUGAGACCCCUUCACCAUCAUCGGUGCAAGCUUCUAGUCCAGUAGCGGAUGCUACGGCUUCGCAGAGCACGCGCACCCCGUCAGCAUCGACAUCGAAGCCUCCUCCGGCAUCGACAUCGAAGAAGCCUUCGACAUCGACACCUUCGACAUCGACGCCUUCGACAUCGAAGCCUUCGACAUCGAAGGGAGAGCAAAGAGGAAAGGAUCGCUCGGCUGCGACACCCUCGACAUCGAAGGCGAGCAAGACUAAAGCCUCCUCGACAUCGAGGCCGAGUGAGGACUCUCAUCUGAGAAGGCGCCACUCACUGUCGCCAGCUCAUACACCACAGCAAUCUCCAUCAACCCCAAGGCAACAAGGUAGCCAACGCUCUGAUGGGAGCGCAACUUCGGCUCUCAGGAAGUUGAUGGACUCUGGCCCUAACACUCCAGCUGAGUCCACUUUUCAGGGUUUCCUGAGUGCCGGAUUGGACGAUGAAGAGGAUGAUGAGGAAGCGGUAGAGAGUCCUCCACCUCCUAAGACUCCAUCACUUUCCCCAAGGGCUGCGGCUGAGAGCUUACUUCAAUCACCCAUGGCUGUAGUGCAACCAUUGGCAGGCGUCGCGGAUGGGAGUAUACGCCACCCCACUUCACAGCCUGAGCACACUUGUGGUUUCAGACAUUCUUUGCCGCAUGACUAUGCUGAGUACCUAAGGUGGAAGGCCAUGCAACCUGCCCUACAACAACCGGUGGUGAGAGGUGAUGUGUCACCUGCACCUGGGAAUGGAGAAGGUGUACAAGACACCCCCCGGGAGGAGCAGGCUGUGCCUGUGAGGGCGCCACAGGACAAGCCUAGUGGAAAGCGAAAGAGAAAGAGCACCCCGCCUCCUCCAAGUCCUUCAUCCAAGGAAUCGUCUCCAACUUCGACGCAACGGGAUUUUGAGUCUGACUAUUCAGAUUCAGAUCACGCCAGUCGGCAGGUGGAGCCUUCAUCUGAGGUUCCACCGCGUUUAUCAAGAUCCCCAACAGAAGAACUCAAGGCCUACCAUUCCCUAAUCAGAGAAAUGGCAGAGGCAUUGGGUUUGGACUUGCAACUACCUGAAACGGAGUCUGCUGACCCUGUGUACAACAUGAUGUUUCAGUCGAAAUCUUCCCACCCUGUUUCUCUACCAAUGAUCCCUGCCAUUGCCAAGGCGGCUAAAUCAGCAUGGGACAGCAUACAAUCGGCUAAUCCGACAUCAAAGCGCAUAGAAAACUUAUACAGGAUCCUUGAUGAAGAGAAUACGUACCUGUUACGCCACCCGGAUCCUAACUCCAUGGUGGUGGAUUGCGCGUCAACAUCAAAAGGCAGCCGCCGGCAUACAACUCCUGCGGACAAGGAGGGGAGGAAGAUAGAUGUUUUGGGUCGUAGAUUAUACGCCACAUCGAGCCUAGCUAUACGAAUAGCAAAUUAUGCAGCUUGUAUGGCUCGGUACACCCAUCUGCUGUGGGACAACUUGCUGCAUGAUUCAACAUCAAUGUCCCCAGGAGAGCUACAAGUGAAACUUCAUGAGGUGUUUGACAAGACAACGUCGGUGACAAAACAGCAACUGAGCACGUUCAAGCACUUGGCAGAGACAGAGUCAAGGGCCAUGGUGACCGCAGUCACAAUGCGGCGCCAUGCUUGGCUGCGCGCAACAUCGCUCCAGGGGGACAUGAAAGACCGGGUGGAGAACCUGGCUUUCGAUGGAAAGGGACUUUUCCAUGAGACCACAGAUGCCACUAUGGAGACUCUAAAAAAAUCUAAAUUCACUGCAAAAACGUUUAUGGCACCUACCUCAGCACCUAGUACUCGCACGUACAGUUAUAAUAAACAGCGUGCAUACCGUUAUCAGGAUAGGAGAGAUUAUAGGAGGCAGAAUAGGCCCUAUCAGCGACCAAGGGGCUUCAACAACAACAUCAAGAGCAAAAACCAAAGCGCUAGGAACAGCAAAGAAAGUACUAAGCAAUCUUUUUGAUUACUCUGUCAGC